AUGUCUUCAUUAUUAGUUGGAUUAGAUAUUCCUACAAAUACUUCAAAUUGCAAAUAUCUCAAAUUCUUGCAAAAAGAUAAUGAUUUUGGAUUUGACUUUUUUGCCGAACAUAUUGGUUGUAGUAAUGAUUUUCUUGAGAAUUUUAAAAUAAAUAAAUGCGAAGGAAGCAAAUCAACUUUAGGUAAUAUAAUUAAAUAUGAAUUACAAUAUGCUGAAUAUUUAAAAUACCCAUCUGUAAUCAUACCAUUUUUGACUGAAAAUUUUGUACAACUAUCUAAAGCAUUAUACCAAAUUUUAUAUUCAGAUAUUAAUGCCCUACAACUCAUUAUUGAAAUACCUUUGAUGUUACAAAGUCCUCUUCAAAAUGGAGAUUUUUCACAAGAUGAAGAUAAGGAAGAAAAUCUCACAUGGAAUAUAUGGAAUAAAAUGAGUAAUAUUUUUCAAGAAAUGUGUUUGGAAUGUGCCUCACCAUCAAAUCAAACUACUAAUAAUAAUAAAAUUACAUUAGCCUUAAAAGUUACAGCAGAUUUACCAUCUAACCCAUUUGUUGUUGAAAGAUGGCUAACAGAGCCUAUCAAAUACAUAGCAUUAACAACCGAUAUAUUUGUUACUAACAAAAUGGGAUAUCCAAUUUUAACUGUAGCCCACCAGAAUUUGCUAUUUAAGCUAUUCAAAUUUAACCCUUACAUAUUGCUGAAGGCAAGUGAACCUGAUCUGAAUCAACCACUCCAUGUUUACAGAGAAUACUUGGACCAUUUGAGAAAUGUUUAUGAAAGAAAUAAUCCAGAUUUGAAGAUAACAGCAGGUUAUGAAGAUUUUUUGCAAUAUCCUUUACAGCCUUUGAGAGAUAAUCUUGAUUCUUACACCUACGAAAUCUUCGAGAAAGAUGCCCCAAAAUACGUUGCCUACGAAGAAGCAAUAUACAAUUGUCUUUUAGAUGUCGCUCCUAGCAAUAACGAAAAACCAGAUCAUAAAACGAUUAUAAUGGUGGUGGGCGCAGGAAGGGGACCUUUGAUAACCGCUUCUAUUAAUGCAGCCCAAAGAUCUAACAGAAAGAUUGAAGUAAUAGCUGUCGAAAAAAACCCUUUUAGUUUUAAAUGUUUGCAACAAAAACAACUCUCUGGCGCUUGGCCGAAAGGGACGGUGAUACUUUUACAAGGCGAUGCCAGAACUAUUGAUAAAUCAUUUGAUGGAAAUUUGUUAGGUAUGAUCGACGUCAUGGUAAGCGAAUUAUUGGGUUCUUUCGGCGAUAAUGAGCUCUCUCCAGAAUGCUUAUACGGAGUGCAAAAAUAUUUAAAAAAGGGCGGUAUUUGUAUCCCCCAAAGUUAUACGUCUCAUAUUGCUCCACUCAUGGCUCAAAAAUUGCAUUCGGAAGUUAAUAAUUACGAGAAGUUAGACGUUUCAGAUAAGAAAUCCUUUACCUUUUCCCACUUCGAAAUGCCUUUUGUGGUCAACAUAGUCAAAGGAAUGCUUAUAGCUCCUUCCCUACCCGUUUUUACAUUUACUCAUCCAAACGAUGAUAAUAUUCCAUCUGCUAAAAAAAUGACUGGUAACGCUUUUUGCGAUUUAAAGGAGGAUUUGGAUCUCGUUAAUCAAGAUGAAGAUGAAAUAAAAAACGUAUCGUUAGUAUUCGAAAAGGCUAAGAUAGAUUGUUUAUUGCACGGGUUUGCGGGGUAUUUUGAAGCGGUGCUUUAUGGACACGUUACUUUAAGCACAUUACCCGAAAGACAUACAGAAAAUAUGUUUAGUUGGUUCCCGAUAUAUUUCCCCAUCAAGAAUCCUUUGCCAAUUAAAAUCAAUGACACAAUAUGCUUAUACAUGUGGAGAUGCAAAAAUAAGUAUUCCGUAUGGUAUGAAUGGCUUGUGACUGAACCCCAAACGAGUGCUCUACAUAAUGUCAGUGGUCGCAGUUAUUCUAUUUCUCUAUUUUGAAUGAAAAAAUUAAAUUUUUUUAUUAUUUUAAUUCUUUUAAAUAUUUUUAUAUUUUCUCAUAAAUAUUUUUAAUCGCUUGAUCUCUAAUGUAAACUGUUUUUUAAAAAAAAUUAUAAAUAAUACGCAUAAAUUAUUAUGUUUUAACAAAUUUGAUCAUAUGUGAUGUAAAAAAAUAAUGGAAUAUAUACGGGUUACAUGCGAUUGAUUAUGAAUUUAAAUGUAUCAU